AUGAUAUCAGAAUCAGGACAACAUCUCAGUAGAGGAAAUAGUUCACAGUUCAACUCUCAACCUGUUGAAAUUGACAGUAUUUCAGAUAUUCUAUUCGAUUCAUGGAGUUCUGGAAGUGAUUCUUCAAAAUCAAGCUGUCAUCGUAUACCUCAAGUAGAUGGAAAUAUGGAUGCAAGUGGUACUACGGAUGAUUAUGGUGAGAAUCACAAUGAUAAUCACAGUCAAACAAAUCUGUCUUCAAUGAUUGAUGGAGUCAAUCCCGUAAGAAAACGUCGUAGACUUCGUUUACGCUUACCCCAUCGACAACAUACAAUAUCCCGAACUAUAGAUGGUACACAGAACAGAACAAUCCCAGGCAUCUCAUCUCCUAUCAGUCUAUCUGUGCCUACAUCAAAUCAUGCCUAUCCUUCCACAAAUCUUUGCCCAGAUAACAUAUCAAGUCCUGUAAUCGGAAGAAAACAAGAUUUUACAGACAAAACCUUCGUUGAAGAUUCUCAUACAACAGUACAUUCUACACCAUUGGCUCGUUUAGAUUCCAAAUUAAAGUCUAGAAUUUCAACCACAUUAGAUGAUAGAUAUUCGAAUCCUGUUGUGAUUCUUCAACGUUUACCAUCUUCAGUGUUAUCGUCUUUCUCACCGACUGAACCAUUUUGUUACCAGUCAGGACGCUUAACUCCACCAGAGGAAUUUGAAGAUCUUAGUGAUACAAUUGUUAUAAAUAGUCCACAAAUAGAUACUUCAGAGUUGAACCAGUCAUCAUCAGUUAAUCUAUUUGAACAACCCAUCUUCUCUUCAUUUCAUCAUGAAAUUUCCGAUUUCACAUGUUGCUGUUCACCGAACACAUCUGAUAAUAUUCAUCCAGGCAGACUGAGUCUUUAUUCACAAACACAGUUAUCUUCACCAAUCGGUUGUAAUACAGAUAAACAUCGAGUUGAUCAAUCAUACAAUGGAUUACCAUUAACACCACUGAUAGCAUCUCCACCAUCUAUACCAUUUUGGCGUCCAAUACAUUCACCACCUAGGUUACAAGUUGUCAAUGAAUGGCUUCAAAAGUUGAAGGUGUCAAAGGAUUGUAAAGCUUUAAAUAUUGUUGAUACAGAGCUAAAUUGUAUCGAAUCACAACUAGAUCUAAGUCAGACCGAUGAGGAAUCACCACUUCAUUCUAACGAACUAUUUCCACAGGACACAUCAGAUAAGAUGUUGAAUACUUCUUUUCAACAUUCUACAGCUGUCCAUGUACCAAAAUCUACUGAACAAAAUCCAGUUGAUGUUUGCAGUAUGAAUUCAUCAACUGGUAAUGAACACUUAUCAACUACUGGACUAUCAGGUGUCAGUUCUUCUGUUAGUGUUCUUUAUCAAGCAGCCAAUGAACGGUGUUAUUCAUCGAUUCAGGUUGAUCAUACUACUGUAGCUAGUUUAGAACUGCACUGUCGUAGUCGUCUAACUGGAUCGUCCGGUGUUAUUCCAACAUCAACUGACUUUGGUGUAUUGGCUAAGUCGAUGAAAUCGUCAACUACUCAUUCGAGGUGUGGAUUGAUACCAGAUCCUAUCUUAGAUCCUAUUCAAGUUGCAUGCUUGAGUUUUUCACAUCCUCGACAAGUAUCUUCAACAACUCAGACUAUUGAACAACAAUCACGUUGUACAGAUUUAUUCAUUUUAAUUCUUCAAUCGGAUUUACCUGGUGCUAGUACAAUUCCAUUGAAACAGUUACAAUGUAAAUACUUUCAUGGACUAACUAAUUUUGGUUAUGAAAAGAGAAGAAAGCAUAAAUCAAGACAUUUAACUCCUCGAAUGAUUUGGUGUACAACAGAAUGGAGUCUUAUCUCUUGGAUUGUUUAUCUAAUUCAUACUUUUGAUCCUGAAAUUUUGAUUGGUUAUGAUGUGGAACGCUUUUCAUGGGGUUAUCUUGUCGAACGUGCAAAUCACCUUGGACGUCGUACAUUUACACGUGAACUGUCACGUUUAGCCGCAGAUAUUAUAAACUGUCCACACUGUCAUGAAUGCGUAGAUGAAUGCAUCAAGAUGGUUCAUACAACGACAGGUAUAACAAGUGGACAAAAGAGUCAAUGGCAUUUUGAUACACAAGAAUUUAUGAAUAACUUAGAUCAACCGUGUAAUUGUCCAUGUAAUCCUUUGUAUACAUCAACUUUGGCAAAUAGUAAUAAUCCACGUGUUGUAUGGCCUUGUGGUCCAGGUGCUGGUCGAACUGGUGGUCUUUUCGCUUGCCCUGGUCGAGUUGUCCUAUGCUUUUGGAGAAUAUUAAUGCAUGAAAUUAGUCUAUAUGAGUAUAGCUUGGAGACUGUAGUCCAUGAAUUAUUGAAGGAAUAUAUGCCUCGUUAUACUUUUGGACAACUAAAUGAAUGGUAUAUGAAUGUGGAUGGAAUAAAUCGCUGGCGGACAGUUGAUUAUUGGAUACGUCGUUCAGUUGUCAAUCUUCGACUAUUGAAUACUUUAGAUUUAAUUGGUCGAACAAGUGAAUUUGCUAGAGUAUUCGGUAUUGAAUUCUAUCAUGUUUUAUCUCGAGGCUCUCAGUAUCGUGUAGAAUCUCUGCUUUGUCGUAUUGCUAAACAGUCAAAUUUUCUUUUGCCUAGUCCAAGUGUGACACAACGAGCUUAUCAACGUGCACCUGAAGGUAUCCCUUUAAAUUUAGAACCAGAAAGUGUAUUAUUCAUUGAUGGACCGGUAGUUGUACUAGAUUUUCAAUCAUUAUAUCCAUCAAUUAUCAUUGCUUACAAUUAUUGUUAUUCUACAGUUCUUGGACGUUUAUCAUGUCUUCUACAAGGCGAAAAUGCUGUAUUCAAUCUGGGGUGUUUAUCUCAUUCCCUUCCGUCUGGUUUACUGAAAAAAAUUGGACAAGAAGUCAAUAUAUCUCCAAAUGGUGUGGUAUUUGUGAAAAAAUCGAUUCGUGAAGGUAUCCUACCACGUAUGCUGAGACAACUUAUUGCAACUCGUUUAAUGGUGAAAGAUUCAAUCAAAUUGUAUAAAUCGGAUAAGUGUUUAAACCGAUUGUUGGAUACACGUCAACUUGGAUUAAAACUAAUGGCAAAUGUAACAUUUGGUUAUACAGCUGCAAGUUUCUCUGGUCGUAUGCCGUGUGUAGAUCUUGGUGACAGUAUUGUACACAAGGCUAGAGAAACAUUAGAAAAUGCUAUUCGCCUUGUUAACAGCGGUGAAAUUAUCUUACCAGAUAGUUGUUCAGGCCUUUCAACCCCACAUGUUGUCUACGGGGAUACAGAUAGUUUAUUUAUCCACUUGAAAGGUUAUGGUAAAUUAGAAGCGUUCGAUGCUGCAUAUAGAAUAGCUGAGGUGAUAACAUCAAAUAAUCCUGUACCAAUUAAGUUAAAAUUUGAAAAGAUAUAUUAUCCAUGUAUACUAGAAGCUAAGAAACGUUAUGCUGGUUAUGCCUAUGAAAGUCUUGAUCAAAUGAUACCAGUAUUCGAUGCCAAAGGUAUAGAGACUGUAAGACGAGAUAGUUGUCCUUUUGUUGGACGAAUACUUGAAGAAUGUUUUAAAUAUUUAUUUAAUCAUUUCACUAUUCCUCAAUGUGUGAACAACAAUGACGUAACAACCAGUUCCUGCCACAAAGCUACAGGAUAUGAAAAUUUGGAUCAGACAUUAAAACUGGCUGAAUAUAAUAUGAGAAACAAGAUCCAACGAUUCGCUUAUCGUCUAGUACAUGGUAGAAUACCGUUUCAUGAGUGUAUUAUUGCAAGACCAUACUGGGGUCAAUCUGCGUAUAAACCAGGAACUUUUGCACCAGCAUUACAAGUUGCCAGACGCCUACUUUCAUUAGACCCACGAAGUGAACCUUUACGUGGUGAACGUGUGGUCUACUACGUGACAUCUGGUCGAUCAGAUCAGACAUUAUUGUCGUGUGUUCGAAGUAUACACGAGAUUUAUCCGUCUAUAUGGAUCGCUGGAAAAUCUGCUACAUCACGUCGUGUACUGGCACCACGUUUAAAUUUUGCUUACUAUUUAGAUAAACAAUUUAUACCGCCUAUUGAAAGGAUGACACAAGUGAUUGGAUGGCGAGUUCGAACCUGGUUAUCAGAUCUUCCUCGUUUUCUAACAUCUAAACAUCAUCGAUAUAAUCUGACUAUUGGACCAUCCUAUGCUCCGCCUUCAACAUCUCAACGUAAAUUUACCAAUCUUGGUUCACCGUCUUCUUCGUUGAGUCUAUCACCCUCUUCAUCACUGCUUAACCUCGCCUCAGGGAUUCAAAGGAAACGUUAUCGGCGUGCUUCAUCGUUGAUGCGUGCUUUUGUUGGUCAACCACCAUUGAUUUGUCCUAGUUGUGAAUCUAUAGUCCCAAAGACAAGUUCUACUGAUCAAUUAGGACAUUGUCGAACAUGCAUUAAUGGCAAUAGUAGACUGAUGAAUAUUGGAGUUAUUAAACUUGGUUGUGCA